GUGCCAAAAAGUACCAAAGUUGCACACACCCACACAUACAGUCUACCAUAGAUACAAACAUACCACACAGACUAGACCAUAGGACUAGACGUACCUAGUACCUACUAUAGAUUCUCAGGUCUAGCUAGCUAGCUACUAUUGCUGUUAUAAAGCCGUGUACUUCAGUAGUGCUUCUCUCCUCUCUAAGUAACUAGCGAAAUGAAGCUCUUGAUUGCCCUCACCCUCACCCUCCUGUGUGUCUACACUAACGGGCAGGCCCCCCCAAUCACUGACUGUACCCCACUCAGGCUGGGGAGCACUGGACCUCCAUUCUCAGGCAAUUUCCCCCUAUGUGGAGACCUGGGAGAUGCCCAGUGCUGCACCCUUGAGUUCCUUAACAACACAGCAGAAACUCGAGCCCUGGCCGCAUUCACUACAGCACUGACACAGGAGCUUAGUGAUAGUCGUGAAGAGUAUCAACAGUUUUUAACCAGGCUCAUUGGGUAUCUUGGUGGUCGUUUUGUUGAAGGACUAACCGAGAGUUUUGCUACCGCUUCUCCACUUCCUUUUGAUGUCCUAUCAUUGAUCGAAAACCAAAUAUCGGCAUCUCUUAUCACAAAUCUUGAUAUCCAGGCUAACUCGGAUUUUAAUAUUGAUAAUUUUGUCAGUGGUAUUCUUGAUUCCCUGUCGCAGGGUUUCGCCAGUUUUCUGUCUAUAGUACCAGGGGUGCAACAAUGCAUACAAGGAGUACUCACUGGGCUAGUUAACAGCGAUGUUCAAGCUCUUGUCGAUAGGUCCAUUCUAAUUGUUCGACAAUCAUACACAGUUCUACUUCGAAUUCGAGACUUUCUGCUGCGCUUGGCGAAUCCUGAUUUCAGGCCCGUUCAAGGCUGUAUAGAAGAACUCGCUCGCUUGAGCUAUUGUGGUCGUUGCACUCAACAGAUUCCACCACUUUGUCGAGGAACUUGCAACAAUGUUGUGAGAGGCUGCCUGUCUCCCAUAUACACUGCUUAUCAAAGCGAUUUUAACAGAAUUUGGCAGUAUUCUAGAAACAUCAUCAACAAUUUGAAGACAAGCAUCGCAGAGCUUUUCGCAGAAGAGGGACGAAUCAUUAACAACCUUGAAAGCCUGGCUAGCACUCUUUCAUCUGAGUGCAGUAUUAAUAUCCCUAAUCUGCCGAUUGGAAAGAGGUCGGCUAGCGAUGAAGAAAUGGAGAGGGACGGAGUUUUUGAUGGGCUAUUGGGAGAUUUGGGCGACCUUAAUGGAUUUUUCAACUUUGAUUCUGAUGGCCCUGAUUUCUGUGAGCCAACAUCUUCCGAAAAGGACUACUGUAGCAACGAGAAUCGCGACUCUACCGCUACCAGAUCAUGUGGAGUGAACAGCAUCUGUGUGUCAGAGUGUAACUGCUGGGACGGUACUGCCACUAGAGCUACCAACACUGACACAUUCCAGGGUGGCAACAACGUGGACGAUCAGGCACUCAACCCUGAUGUUCAGGGACUCACAGAAGAACUCAGGAGCCAAUACGUGCAACUGCAAUCCAACUCUCAGGUAUCUGAGUUCCUAGCCAGCGAGGAGGUGACCUCUGUGAACCCUGAGGGUGUCACUAUUCCUGGCUCCGGAGCUAUGGUAGUUGUCUCCAUGGCAACCAUGAUGCUGGCCGUCAUCGUCGGGCUAAUAAUCUGACGAGCUGAUGAAACUAUUAUAUACUGAGUGUUGUAGAACUUGACUUCGAACUAUAAUUAUAACACUCCUUUUUAGUAUACAGUCUUGUGUUCUGUUUAUUAGAUAUAGACUGCUGUUAUACAUAAUAUAAAUAAUUAAUUAUAUACAA